AGGACAUUUCCUUUUUUCUUUUAGGGUCCUUUGAAGAUCUCGCUGUUCGUUUCAUGGACAAGGAGUGGGCGUUGCUGGAUCCUGACCAGAGAGCUCUGCAUAAGGACGUCAUGGAGGAGAAUUUCUCAAAUCUACCAUUCCUGGGCAAGAAACUCUACCAGUGCAUGGAAUGUGGAAAGAGCUUCAGUCAGAGCUCCUCUCUCAGUUCCCAUCAAAGAAUUCAUACAGGGGAGAAACCCUAUCAGUGUGUAGAAUGUGGAAAGAGCUUCAGUCAGAGCUCCUCUCUCAGUUCCCAUCAAAGAAUUCAUACAGGGGAGAAACCCUAUCAGUGUGUAGAAUGUGGAAAGAGCUUCAGUCAGAGCUCCACUCUCACUUCCCAUCAAAGAAUUCAUACAGGGGAGAAACCAUAUCAGUGCUUUGAAUGUGGAAAGAGCUUCGAUCGGAGCUCCAAACUCACUUCCCAUCAAAGAAUUCAUACAGGGAAGAAACCAUAUCAGUGUGUGGAAUGUGGAAAGAGUUUUAGUUGCAGCCAAACUCUCACUUCCCAUCAAAGAAUUCAUACAGGGGAGAAACCCUAUCGGUGCUUUGAAUGUGGAAAGAGCUUCAGUUGGAGCACCAAACUCACUUCCCAUCAUAGAAUUCAUACAGGAGAGAAACUGUAUCAGUGCUUUGAAUGUGGAAAGAGCUUCAGUCACAGCCAAAGUCUCACUUCCCAUCAAAGAAUUCAUACAGGGGAGAAACCAUAUCAGUGUGUGGAAUGUGGAAAGAGCUUCAGUCAGAGUUCCCAUCUCACGUCCCAUCAAAGAAUUCAUACAGGUGAGAAACCCUAUCAGUGCUUUGAAUGUGGAAAGAGCUUCAGUCACAGCCACAAUCUCACUUCCCAUCAAAGAAUUCAUACAGGGCAGAAACCAUAUCAGUGCUUUGAAUGUGGAAAGAGCUUCAGUCAGAGCUCCACUCUCACUUCCCAUCAAAGAAUUCAUACAGGGCAGAAACCAUAUCAGUGCUUUGAAUGUGGAAAGAGCUUCAGUCACAGCCACAAUCUCACUUCCCAUCAAAUAAUUCAUACAGGGGAGAAACCAUAUCAGUGUGUGGAAUGUGGAAAGAGCUUCAGUCGGAGUGCUCAUCUCACUUCCCAUCAAAGAAUUCAUACAGGGGAGAAACCCUAUCAGUGUGUGGAAUGUGGAAAGAGCUUUAGUCGGAGCGCUCAUCUCACUUCCCAUCAAAGAAUUAAUACAGGGGAGAAACCCUGCCAGUGUGAGGAAUGUGGAAAAAGCUUCAGUCAGAGGUGCUCUCUCACUUCCCAUAAAAGAAUCCAUACAGGGGAGAAACCAUAUCAGUGUGUGGAAUGUGGAAAGAGCUUCAGUCAGAGUUCCCAUCUCACGUCCCAUCAAAGAAUUCAUACAGGUGAGAAACCCUUUCAGUGCUUUGAAUGUGGAAAGAGCUUCAGUCACAGCCACAAUCUCACUUCCCAUCAAAGAAUUCAUACAGUGGAGAAACCAUAUCAGUGCUUUGAAUGUGGAAAGAUCUUCAGUUGUAGCACUGAGCUCACUUCCCAUCAAAUAAUUCAUACAGGGGAGAAACCCUAUCAGUGUGUGGAAUGUGGAAAGAGCUUCAGUCAGAGCGCUCAUCUCACUUCCCAUCAAAGAAUUCAUACAGGGGAGAAACCCUAUCAGUGUUGCAUGGAAUGUGGAAAAAGCUUCAGUCAGAGCCACAGUCUCACUUCCCAUCAAAGAAUUCAUACAGGGGAGAAACCCUAUCAAUGUGUGAAAUGUGGAAAGAGCUUCAGCCAUAGCUCCUCUCUCACUUCCCAUCAAAGAAUUCAUACAGGGGAGAAACCAUAUCAGUGCUUUGAAUGUGAAAAGAGCUUCAGACAGAGCUCCCAUCUCACUUCCCAUCAAAGAAUUCAUACAGGAGAGAAACCAUAUCAGUGUGUGGAAUGUGGAAAGAGCUUCAGUCAGAGCUCCUCUCUCACUUUCCAUCAAGGGAUUCAUACAGGGGAGAAACCAUAUCAGUGCUUUGAAUGUGGAAAGAGCUUCAGACAGUGUUCCAAACUCACUUCCCAUCAAAUAAUUCAUACAGGGGAGAAAUCCUAUCAGUGUGUGGAAUGUGGAAAGAGCUUCAGUCAUACCUCCUCUCUCACUUCGCAUCAAAGAAUUCAUACAGGGGAGAAACCAUAUCAGUGCUUUGAAUGUGAAAAGAGCUUCAGUCAGAGCUCCCAUCUCACCUCCCAUCAAAGAAUUCAUACAGGGGAGAAGCCAUAUCAGUGUGUGGAAUGUGGAAAGAGCUUCAGUCAGAGCUCAUCUCUCACUUUCCAUCAAGGAAUUCAUACAGGUGAGAAACGAUAUCAGUGCUUUGAAUGUGGAAAGAACUUCAGUCAGAGCUCCAAACUCACUUCCCAUCAAAGAAUUCAUACAGGGGAGAAACCCUACCGGUGUGUGGAAUGUGGAAAGAGCUUCAGUCGGAGCUCCUCUCUCACCUCCCAUCAAAGAAUUCAUACAGGGGAGAAACCAUAUCAGUGCAUUGAAUGUGGAAAGAGCUUCAGUCAGAGCUCCAAACUCACUUCCCAUCAAAGAAUUCAUACAGGGGAGAAACCCUACCAUUGUGUGGAAUGUGGAAAGAGCUUCAGGAAGAGCUCCAAACUCACUUCUCAUCAAAGAAUUCAUACAGGGGAGAAACCCUACCAUUGCGUGGAAUGCGGAAAGAGCUUCAGUCAGAGCUUUAAACUUACUUCCCAUCAAAGAAUUCAUACAGGGGAGAAACCCUAUCAGUGUGUGGAAUGUGGAAAGAGCUUCGGUAGGAAAGACCAUCUCACUUUCCAUCAAAGAAUUCAUACAGGGGAGAAACCCUAUAAGUGUGUGGAAUGUGGAAAGAGCUUCACUGAUAGCUCCUCUCUCACGUCCCAUCGAAGAAUUCAUACAGGGCAGAAACCCUAUCAGUGCUUUGAAUGUGGAAAGAGCUUCAGUCAGAGCCACAAUCUCAAUUCCCACCAAAGAAUUCAUACAGGGGAGAACCCAUAUCAGUGCUUUGAAUGUGGAAAGAGCUUCCGUCAGAGCCACAGUCUCACUUCCCAUCAAAGAAUUCAUACAGGGGAGAAACCCUACCGGUGUGUGGAAUGUGGAAAGAGCUUCAGUCGGAGCUCCUCUCUCACCUCCCAUCAAAGAAUUCAUACAGGGGAGAAACCAUAUCAGUGCAUUGAAUGUGGAAAGAGCUUCAGUCAGAGCUCCAAACUCACUUCCCAUCAAAGAAUUCAUACAGGGGAGAAACCCUACCAUUGUAAACUCUAUCAAUGCAUGGAAUGUGGAAAGAGCUUCAGUCAGAGCUGUGAUCUCACUUCCCAUCAAAGAAUUCAUACAGGGGAGAAACCCUAUCAGUGCUUCGAAUGUGGAAAGAGCUUCAGUCAGAGCUCCCAUCUUACUUCCCAUCAAAGAAUUCAUAGAGGGGAGAAACCAUAUCAGUGUGUGGAAUGUGGAAAGAGCUUCAGUAGGAAGGAUAGUCUCACUUCCCAUCAAAGAAUUCAUACAGGGGAGAAACCCUAUCAGUGUGUGGAAUGUGGAAAGAGCUUCAGUCAUAGCUCCAACCUCACUUCCCAUCAAAGAAUUCAUACACGGGAGAGACCCUAUCAGUGUGUGGAAUGUGGAAAGAGCUUCAUUCGGAGCUCCAAACUCACUUCCCAUCAAAGAAUUCAUACAGGGGAGAAACCAUAUCAAUGCUUUGAAUGUGGAAAGAGCUUCAGUCAGAGCUCCCAUCUCACUUCCCAUCGAAGAAUUCAUACAGGGGAGAAACCCUAUCAGUGUGUGGAAUGUGGAAAGAGCUUCAGGACGAGUUCCAACAUCACUUCCCAUCAAAGAAUCCAUAUGGGAAAGAAACUCUAUCAGUGCAUGGAAUGUGGAAAGAGCUUCAGUCAGAGCUGCAAUCUCACUUCCCAUCAAAGAAUUCAUACAGGGGAGAAACCCUAUAAGUGUGUGGAAUGUGGAAAGAGCUUCACUGAUAGCUCCUCUCUCACUUCCCAUAGAAGCAUUCAUACAGGGGAGAAACCCUAUCAGUGCUUUGAAUGUGGAAAGAGCUUCACCCGGAACUUCUCUCUCACUAAGCACCAGAGAAUUCAUACAGGGGAGAAACCUUAUCAGUGUGUGGAAUGUGGAAAGAGCUUCACUGAUAUCUCCUCUCUCACUUCCCAUAGAAGCAUUCAUACAGGGGAGAAACCCUAUCAGUGCUUUGAAUGUGGAAAGAGCUUCACCCGGAACUCCUAUCUCACUAAGCAUCAGAGAAUUCAUACAGGGGAGAAACCUUAUCAGUGUGUGGAAUGUGGAAAGAGCUUCAGUCAGAGCUCCUCUCUCACUUCCCAUCAAAGAAUUCAUAUAGGAGAGAAACCAUAUCCGUGUUGCAUGGAAUGUGGAAAGAACUUCAGUCAUAGCUCCUCUCUCACUUCCCAUCAUAGAAUUCAUACAGGGGAGAAACCCUAUCAGUGUGUGGAAUGUGGAAAGAGCUUCAGGAUGAACUCCCAUCUCACUUCCCAUCAAAGAAUUCAUACAGGGGAGAAACCCUAUCAGUGCAUGGAAUGUGGAAAGAACUUCAGUCAUAGAUCCUCCCUCACUUCCCAUCAAAGAAUUCAUACAGGGGAGAAACCCUAUCAGUGUGUGGAAUGUGGAAAGAGCUUCACUGAUAGCUCCUCUCUCACUUCCCAUAGAAGAAUUCAUACAGGGGAGAAACCCUAUCAGUGUGUGGAAUGUGGAAAGUGCUUUAGUCAUAGCUCCUCUCUCGCUUCCCAUCAAAGAAUUCAUACAGGGGAGAAACCCUUCCAGUGUAGGGAAUGUGGAAAGAGCUUCACUGAUAGCUCCUAUCUCACUUACCAUCAAAGAAUUCAUACAGGGGAGAAACCCUAUCAGUGCUUUGAGUGUGGAAAGAGCUUCACUGAUAGCUCCUCUCUCACUCACCAUCGAAGAAUUCAUACAGGGGAGAAACCCUAUCAGUGCUUUGAAUGUGGAAAGAGCUUCACUGAUAGCUCCUCUCUCACUUCCCAUCAAAGAAUUCAUACAGGGGAGAAACCCUAUCAGUGCUUUGAAUGUGGAAAGAGCUUCAGUCAUAGCUCCUCUCUCACUUCCCAUCAAAGAAUUCAUACAGGGGAGAAACCCUAUCAGUGUGUGGAAUGUGGAAAGCGUUUCCGGAAGAGCUCCCAACUCACUUCUCAUCAAAGAAUUCAUACAGGGGAGAAACCCUAUCAGUGUGUGGAAUGUGGAAAGAGCUUCAGUCAGAGCUGCGAUCUCACUUCCCAUCAAAGAAUUCAUACAGGGGAGAAACCAUAUCAGUGUGCGGAAUGUGGAAAGAGCUUCAGUCAGAGCUCCCAUCUCACUUCCCAUCAAAGAAUUCAUAGAGGGGAGAAACCCUAUCAGUGUGUGGAAUGUGGAAAGAGCUUCAGUCAGAGCUCCAACCUCACUUCCCAUCAAAGAAUUCAUACAGGGGAGAAACCCUAUCAGUGUGUGGAAUGUGGAAAGAGCUUCAGUCAUAGCUCCAACCUCACUUCCCAUCAAAUAAUUCAUACACAGGAGAGACCCUAUCAGUGUGUGGAAUGUGGAAAGAGCUUCAGUCAGAGCUGCGAUCUCACUUCCCAUCAAAGAAUUCAUACAGGGGAGAAACCCUAUCAGUGUGUGGAAUGUGGAAAGAGCUUCAGUCAGAGCUCCCAUCUCACUUCCCACCAAAGAAUUCAUAGAGGGGAGAAACCGUAUCAGUGUGUGGAAUGUGGAAAGAGCUUCAGUCAGAGCUCCAACCUCACUUCCCAUCAAAGAAUUCAUACAGGGGAGAAACCCUAUCAGUGUGUGGAAUGUGGAAAAAGCUUCAGUCAUAGCUCCAACCUCACUUCCCAUCAAAUAAUUCAUACAGGGGAGAAACCCUAUCAGUGUGUGGAAUGUGGAAAGAGCUUCAGUCAUAGCUCCAAACUCACUUCCCAUCAAAUAAUUCAUACAGGGGAGAAACCAUAUCAGUGCUUUGAAUGUGGAAAGAACUUCAGUCAGAGCUCCCAUCUCACUUCCCAUCGAAGAAUUCAUACAGGGGAGAGACCCUAUCAGUGUGUGGAAUGUGGAAAGAGCUUCAUUCGGAGCUCCAAACUCAUUUACCAUCAAAGAAUUCAUACAGGGGAGAAACCAUAUCAGUGCGUUGAAUGUGGAAAGAGCUUCAGUCAGAGCUCCCAUCUAACUUCCCAUCAAAGAAUUCAUACAGGGGAGAAACCAUAUCAGUGUGUGGAAUGUGGAAAGAACUUCAGGAAGAAUGACAGUCUCACUUCCCAUCAAAGAAUUCAUACAGGGGAGAAACCAUAUCAGUGCUUCAAAUGUGGAAAGAGCUUCAGUCAUAGCUUCCAUCUCACUUCCCAUCAAAGAAUUCAUACAGGGGAGAAACCAUAUCAGUGCUACGAAUGUGGAAAGAGUUUUAGGAGGAGCUGCGAUCUCACUUCCCAUCAAAGAAUUCAUACAGGGGAGAAACCCUACCAGUGUUCUGAAUGUGGAAAGAGCUUCAGUCACAGCCACACUCUCACUUUCCAUCAAAGAAUUCAUACAGGGGAUAAACCCUACCAGUGCGUGGAAUGUGGAAAGAACUUCACUGAUAGCUCCAAUCUCACUUCCCAUCAAAGAAUUCAUACAGGGGAGAAACCCUAUCAGUGCUUCGAAUGUGGAAAGAGCGUCAGUCAGAGCUCCAAACUCACUUCCCAUCACAGAAUUCAUACAGGGGAGAAACCCUACCAGUGCUUUGAAUGUGGAAAGAGCUUCAGUCAUAGCCACAGUCUCACUUCCCAUCAAAGAAUUCAUACAGGGGAGAAACCAUAUCGGUGUGUGGAAUGUGGAAAGAGCUUCAGUCAGAGCGCCCAUCUCACUUCCCAUCAAACAAUUCAUACAGGGGAGAAACCAUAUCGGUGUGUGGAAUGUGGAAAGAGCUUCAAUCAGAGAUCCUCUCUCACUUCCCAUAAAAGAUUUCAUACAGGGGAGAAACCAUAUCAGUGCGUGGAAUGUGGAAAGAGCUUCAGUCAGAACUCCCAUCUCACUUCCCAUCAAAGAAUUCAUACAGGGGAGAAACCCUAUCAGUGUGUGGAAUGUGGAAAGAGCUUCACAGAGAGAUCCCAUCUCACUUCCCAUCAAAAAAUUCAUACAGGGGAGAAACCAUAUCAGUGUGUGGAAUGUGGAAAGAGCUUCAGUCAUAGCUCCUCUCUCACUUCCCAUCAAAGAAUUCAUACAGGAGAGAAACCCUAUCAGUGCGUGGAAUGUGGAAAGAGCUUUAGGGCGAGUUGCGAUCUCACUUCCCAUCAAAGAAUUCAUACAGGGGAGAAACCAUAUCAGUGUGUGGAAUGUGGAAAGAGCUUCAGUCAUAGCUCCUCUCUCACUUCCCAUCAAAGAAUUCAUACAGGAGAGAAACCCUAUCAGUGCAUGGAAUGUGGAAAGAACUUUAGUCGCAGCCAAAGUCUCACUUCCCAUCAAAGAAGUCAUACAGGGGAGAAACCCUUUCAGUGCGUGGAAUGUGGAAAGAGCUUCUGUCAGAGCUCCAAACUCACUUUUCAUAAAAGAAUCCAUACAAUGGUCGGAAAAACCAUUAUACAGCUUUAGGAACCAGGCAAAUCAGCCCCUUUUUAACCAGACCAAAAUUACCAAUAAUUCCCUAACAUAAAAUAUAAUACCUAAAUUACAACAACUACAUAAUUAUACGCUUAUAAAAGCCACUACCCACCCUCUACUUCCCUCCACAGCAAUUUGACUUCUUUAUAUUUCUUUAUACCCUUUUCCCUUGCAUUCUA